CAAUGGACUUUACAGGUUAAUUUAAACUUGAUGAAGAUUCAAUGAAUUUUAAUAUAUUUCAGACACCUGUAAAAGGCACUAUUAGAGGUAUAAAAUCUUAAAACUUACAUUAUGAUUUGAUUCAAUUAAUCCAUAUAUAAACGCGCAUUUAUUUUGGCGCUUAUUCUAUAAUUUGGUGGCAAAAUUAUUUAUUUUAGAUGUUGAAGGUCCUUGUGAUUCUCAAGCAAAUACUAAUAAAAAAUUGUUUGUAUAGAGUUAGCCAGUUGAAAUAAGCCAAAUUUAAUUUAAUUCUCCAAAAUCAUUGAAAAAAUGGAGUCUGAAAUACAUUAGUAAAAGAGUUGAAAAGGAACUAAAAAAUUAAACAAUUGGAUAUUAAGAAAUAUGUUAAAAGCUAACAGAAGAGAUGAGUUAAGAAAUAGAAGGCAAUGGAUUAAAAGAUAUUAAAAAUUUAAGAAGAAGAGUUUAUGAUGCUUUAAAUGUUAUGAUUUCAGUUGGAAUAGUAAUUAAAGAUAAAAAAUAGAUGAGAAAGAAUACAUAAAGCUAAGUCAACUUAACAAAAUAGAAUUUGAUAAUUCGAAAAGUAUAUUUAAUUAUUUAAUUUAACAGUAAAAAUUAAAGGAAUUAUUAUUAUAAAAGAAAGAAUAAUUAACAAAUACUAUAAAAAAGUAGGAAGCUCUUCAAAAUUUGAUUAGGCUUAAUAAAGAAAGAGAAACAAAUGAAUAAGAGAAAAUUAAGUUUCCAUUUCUUUUAAUAAAGACCUAAUUAUAAAAUUCAGAAAAAGUAUAUGAAUAAUUAAUCUUAGGAAGAAUUAAUUUUAGAAUCCCAUAAAUCUAAUAAUAACUUGAAAGUCUUUAGUAAAAAUAAAUUAUAGAUUUUUGGAAUACUUAGUAUUGCUUAAUAAAUGUUUCAAAAUGAAUAAACUAAAAAUUGA